CACACUCUAUGUUGCGAGGGCGCAGGCGUUAAAACUGAGUGGAAUUUUGAUGUUGUGAGAUCUUCUGCUAUUUGUUUUGCUUCGGUUUCAACAUUAUUAAUGACAAGAAUACGUAACAUGUGUGGGGUAUGUUUGGGUCUGCAGUGAGCAAAGGGCUGUGGGACGGGUCUUUGGGAUUUCAGACACUGUAUUUUGCGCUCUGGAGAUUUUGCGCUUUGGUAAACUGACGGUCAGCGCUCUCUUGAACUGAUUUUAGCCAUAAGAGCCACAGUCAAGUGGGGACACACGUUUUCGUUGUCAUGAAACUUCAGCUUAUGCAUGGAUAGGUGAUUUUUGCUGAAUAGCUGGACACAGCAGAAAACAAAUCCAAAGAAGCGAUCAAAAAUCUUUUUUGUUUUUCAAAUCCUCGUGAGACUGUGUACAGAGACUGAAAAACGAUCAUGACGGACGUUCGAGCUUCAGGGUCAACGAAAUAUGUGGUUGUUUGGUUGGUGACAGCAUAUUUCUCCACCCUGUCCAUGGCAUGUGGAGGUACCUAUGAAUAUGCCAUUGAAGAGUUCUGUCUCGCCAAGUUUAAGCUGGAUAUGGAAGCUCUGGACCAGCGCCACUGGUGUAGCUGGGAGGACACAGUAGAAUCUUAUGGGGAACUCACCAACUGUACUUUCCUGGUGGCACUGAAAAUGAACUGUUUCUGGCCCAACCGCCUGGUGGAUGAGUUCUUCGUGCGCGUACACCAGCAUUACUUCCACGACUGUUCGCUGACUGGCCGACAACUUCACGACCCACCCAACCACAUCUUGGGGCCUUUCAUUGCGGUGCCCAUCCUUGUGACAUUGCUUAUGACAGCCCUGGUGGUGUGGAGAAGUAAACGCAGUGAAGGUAUUGUGUAAGGACUAACCUAAACCUUCCCGCCACCACUUCAACCAAACUGGCUUGAUUAGUGCUUGGUUGGUAACAGAACUCCAAACAAUGAAGACCUGAAAACAAUCGCUGCUACAACUGACAUAUUUGAGUCUAGGAAAGGUGGACUGUUUCACUGUUUCAAGUUGUUGGACUACAGAACAAUCUAUCUUGCACAAAGACACACAAGGAUGAUGUCACUGUGUUACAUUCUGUCUGGAUAUGGGCAUGGUGCCGUCGACCUUGAGGAAUAGGGCUUUUGUCCUCAGUCUCACACAGCAUGUAUGCACAGCUAAAAGGUUGUAUUGUUAUUAAUGCAUCAAAGGAAAAAAAGGUGAGAGUCUGACUCAUAACAGUUGGUAGAUUAAAUAUUAGCAUUGGCAGAAAAUAUAACUCUAUUUUAAAACCUCUUUUUUUUUUUCAUUUGUGUUUGUGAGAUAUUCUUUCCUCAGUCUCUGUGAACACUGGACUUCUUCUACACAGUUUCUUCGAUUCUAUCAAUGCAUUCACCUCUUUUUUUUUCAGUUUGUCGGUCCUUACGAUGCUGUGCAUUGUGCCAAAUGCUGAUGCUAACCAUGUUAACUGUAGGAAAAAAAAAGACUAUUAUUAUUUUGUUACUGAACAUGACAUAGAAAUAACUGUACUCUGUGUGAGAAUCAUUCACUACGCUAUUAAUGCCAAUAAUGUUGACAUUUAUGUUAACCAUGAAAAAAGAAAUUCUGUUUCUCGUCUUUUUUUCUGUGUGUUUCUCUUACAACACUCUCUGUGUUAAAUUUUUGUCUUCAGUAUAGAUAACAGACAUGUACACUGUGAGGUAGUAACUCCCCAGAUACUCACAGAAACGCAUUUAUUCAUGAAAUGUCCACAUUUAACACUAUUAAACUUUACUGAAUACUAUUAGCUGUACAAAGCUAUGACAAUGAUUGCGUUGACUGAUCUUUUGUGAAACAAAUUUUGUAAAUGGAGAGAACAUUGUUUCUCAACAAUGCAAAAGAAUCAUGGCAUUUUGAAGGCUGUCUUCAUUCAUAGCAGUAAAAGUCCAUGUUUGAAUGUCUUCU